CCACAGCAAUCUCUCGUUCCUUCACUUGACCCAUCUACAUUCCAUCCACGAAUCUGCUACGCCUUUACUUCGAUACCGAGCUUACGGAGUUCACAGGAACUCAUUUGCACAGCUACAAUGGCGGCAGAAAGCCCCACAAGCAAGCCGGAGCCAGUGUCCAUUUCACCACUGCUUCAGAGGCUCGCCUACCCCGACACCUCAGAGAUCCAGGUAUCAGCUGGAGAAAUUGCUUCAGCAUUUGCAUUGAUCUUUGAAGACCGUCUCUCAGUUAUACAGACAGCUGCCCUACUCACUUUGCUACAUUCGACUGGAUUGGACAGAGACUCGGAUGUAAUUGCGCAAUGUGCCAAUCGUAUGCGCGAAGCUGCCGAACAGACCGAGAGGGGGCCAUUGAGGAAAGUCCUACGAGAGAGGGGUCGAAAGGAGGGUGCGUAUCAAGGUGGAUUGUGUGACAUUGUCGGUACCGGUGGCGACCAACAUUCGACCUUCAAUAUCUCUACGACCUCGUCCAUCAUAGCCUCGCCAUUGCUUAUGAUGGCUAAGCAUGGCAACCGGGCACAGACUUCUUUCUCCGGUUCGGCCGACGUCUUGAAUUCAAUCGCACCUAGGCCACCUAAGAUAUCCGCCGUAAACUCGAGUAAUAUUGCGCAGGUCCUUGCCGAAACCAACUACGCAUUCCUCUUUGCACCCAACUUCCAUCCCGGUAUGAUGUAUGCCAACCCGGUCCGACGAGGCCUGGGACUCCGAACGAUAUUUAAUCUAAUGGGGCCGCUUGCCAACCCUGUGGAAUGGGCCCUGGAAGCUCGGGUAGUAGGUGUCGCUUAUCAAAGUUUGGGACCGGUGUUCGCCGAUGCGCUUCGAAUAAGCGGAGCUAAGAAGGCACUGAUAAUCUGCGGCGAAGAAGAUCUAGACGAAAUCAGUUGUGCAGGGAAGACGAACUGCUGGAGGCUUUCCGAAUACCCGAACCCUGAAUACAAGGGAAGCGAGAGCACCGAAACCGAGGAUGACGACGAUGACGAUGACGAUGAUCAUGAUCAUGAGGCGCCACCCAGAACUAUAGUUAAGCUGGAUACGUUCCAAAUUCAGCCGUCUGACUUUGGAUUGCCAGUCCAUCCACUGUCAGAUGUGGGCGGUGGCAAGCCGCCACGCGAAAAUGCCCUAAAGCUGAUGAGCAUCUUACGGAACGAACUCCCCCGCGAUGAUCCAAUAUUGGACUUUGUUCUCAUGAAUGUGGCAGCAUUGAUCGUUACUUCUGGCGUCUGCGAAGCGGACACCAGCAAUAUGGGGCCCGGAGAUGAUGGAAACGUCAUCAAAGAACGUGGCCCCGGCGGUCUCAGAUGGAAAGAAGGCGUGAGACGUGCGCGCUGGGCCAUCGAGAGCGGAGAGGCCUUGAAGUGUCUUGAGAAAUUUAUCGAUGUCACGAACAGGCUUUAAGGCGGGGAUGCUCAAUUUCUGCAAUAUUAAAAAAAAAAAAAAAAAAGGGUAAUAAGCUCCGACAUCUUCAUUUCCAACUCUCAUGCAGAGUACACAGUUAGAAGGAUUUUGGGGUUGGGACACAUCGUGCCCCCGAGGGUAAAAGCGAAAUUGGACAUCUCAACAUGUAUUUGGGUUUUCGGGAUUAGAAACAUCUAAUAUUAACACUCCAUAGCGCCUUGCAAAUGCUCGUUGUAAAAAGGGAAAGGACAAGUUUUAUCGACGCAAAAGCAGUUAAGGCCUUCUUAGCGUGUAAUCGGGGCAUCAUCGGGCUUGGAACUGGACCAUCCUAAAAAACGAAAAAGAAUACAUAGAUUAGCAUGCAUCCAUCAA